AUGGAUCCAUCCCGCCGCUUGAGUUUUUUUCGCUCCAUUUGCUGUCUACUCUUCAUAGCCCUGCUCGGCAGACUGAACUGCUUCGUUUCUUGGUUGGGCAGCGCUUGGAAUGCUCAAGAUACAGUCUCCCGAGUUGUGAACGGGAAGUUUGCUUCUUCACCCCAGCACCAGCACACCGGUAACAGCGGACGGGUAUCGCAGCCGCAGGUGAUGCUGGCAGCAAAGAGCCGUGGUGACGUGAGCACUGUCGGAUCGCAGGAUCUCAAUUUGUAUGGCCAGGAGCUCAAGCCUUGCUCUCAGGAGGGGGAUACAACAACGGGCUGGACGCGUACUGGUUUCUGUGCCUGGGAGCCAUCUGACCGUGGAUAUCAUCAAGUGUGUGUGACCAUGAGCCGUCAAUUCCUUCAAGCCAGCGCCAAGUAUGAUGCGAACGACCUGUCCAGCGUGGUGGAUGAUGGUGGUCACUGGUGCAUUUGCGCCUGGGCUUGGGCAGCUGCAGUCUCUCGUGAUCCUGAGAAGUUUGAGAACCUGAAGCUAGACUGUACCAGAACCAAUGCUUAUCUUCGUGAUGUGUACCAGAGCUAUGCUUCUUCUGGCCGUGGCAUGGUGUCGCCAUCCGGCGUGCAAUAUGAAGCACAGGCAGCACUGGAGGCGGUGGAGAAACUGUGUAAAGCAUAG